GGCCGGGAGGCGGCGGCGGCGGAGCGGGAGCCGCAGCGCUGCCGGGGCCAUGGGCUGCCGGGCGGGGGCCGCCGCCCCUCGCCGCGCCCGGUGACCACCCCGCCGGCCCGGGCGAAGAUGGCGGAGAGGCUGGAAUGGGUGGAAAUCAUUGAGCCUCGCACGCGGGAGCGCAUGUACGCCAACCUGAUCACGGGCGAGUGCGUCUGGGACCCUCCCGCCGGCGUCCGCAUCAAGCGGACCAACGAGAACCAGUGGUGGGAGCUCUUUGACCCCAACACCUCCCGCUUCUACUACUACAAUGCCACCACCCAGCGGACGGUGUGGCACCGGCCGCAGAAUUGCGACAUCAUCCCGCUGGCCAAACUCCAGACCCUGAAGCAGAACACGGAGUCCCCCCGGGCCUCGGCCGAGAACAGCCCCGGGCACAGCACCAAUGUCAGCCGAGAAGGGAGCACCAGCUCCUCUCUGGAGCAGGAGCUGGAGGCGGGAGAGAAGGUUCCCGAGCAGAACCGGCCCAGUCGGCAGCCGACUCAGUUUGCCAUUGUUAAGGAAGAGGCAGAGAGCUCCUCACCACCCGGAGUUUUUGAGAAGGAAUACGAGCUCUACCGAGACUACAGCUCGGAUGGACAACGGCUUCACUACAGGGCAUCUUCUCUCCGGUGGAACACGGGGACGAAGGAGAGGAUGCUGAUCAAGGUGACGGACCGCGAGCCCAGCUUCCUGAUGCACCAGGGUAACGGCUACACUCUUGACCAUCAGCAGGGCCCCCGGUCGCGGAGGCCGUCUGGCAGCCAGCCGUCCCCCAACCUCCAAACCUUUGCCACCGAUUCCGACAACUCGGUUUUCUUCCCAGAGCGGAAGCAGUCGCCCUUCCUGAAACGGGCCGAUCAUGUGGGCAGCUGCUCCCCGCUGCUGGGCCGGGGGGAUCCCUUCUGCUCCCCGAUGCAGGGCCAGCACCGUAAGCACUCCAGCGAGUCGCAGCCCUCCUCCCCGCGCUACGCCUACGAGCCGCCCUUGUACGAGGAGCCGCCCAUGGAGUACCAGGCCCCCAUCUACGACGAGCCGCCGGUGGACAUGCAGUUCGAGGCCAGCGGGAGCUACAAAGCGGGCUCGCCCCAAAAGUCGCCCCUCCGCAAGCCCCACCCGUUCCUGCAGUCGCCGAAGCAAGGGUCCAAUUCGCCGUACCAGCAGCUGGUCUUGACCAAGCAGAAGGGCGCCGACCGUUUCAUGAGCCUGGAGUACAGCCCGGCCGGCAAGGAGUACGUGCGGCAACUGGUGUACGUGGAGCAGGUGGGAUCCAGCCCUACGCUGAAAAGCGCCCCCCGGCACAAGUACUCCCCCAACCCCAUCGGCGGCUCCUACUCGCUGCAGCACAGCCCCUGCCUGAUGCGGGACCAGCGCCUGGAGAUCAAAUCUGGGGACUACAGUAGCAUGGAAGCGGCAGAGUUCCGGCACAGCCCUUCGCCCAUCGUGCCGUCGCAGGGGGAGGACGCCAUGUCCUGCUCCAGCCUGCAGAACACCUUGUCCUCCACGGGUUACUCCCCGGGCAGCCGCAAACGGAAGAGCCGGAAACCCACUCUUUCGUACGACCCCAACACCUCCUCCACCGACGGGUCCGGCGAACGCGAGGAAGCCACGCCAGAGGACAGGCCUCUGUCCGGGUGUAGCCGGUCCCCGGGCGGGCGUCUGGAGAGCCGGUCGGUAGAGGGCGAGCCCAGCAGGGCUUCGGCUGAGCCCUUCCUAGCCCAGGCCCGCCUGGCUUGGGAGGCACAGCAGGCCCACUACUACAUGAAGCAGCGCAGCAGUUGGGACUCCCAAAAAGACGGUUCGGGCUACGAGAGCGACGGGGCCGUACCGCUGCCUAUGCCGGGUCCGGUGGUGCGCGCCUUCAGCGAGGACGAGGCUCUGGCCCAACAGGAGAACAAGCACUGGAAGCGCAACCCGUUUGAGAAGCUGGCCUUUCCGCAGAUCCUGCUGGAGAAGAGUAUCUCCGUGCAGACGAAUUUGGCAUCGCCCGAGCCGUACUUGCAUCCGUCCCAGUCGGAAGACCUGGGUGCCUGCGUCCAGUUCGAGAGCAGCCGACAAAACCGGAACAUGAUGCCCAGCAGCAGCUGUAUCUUCCCCACCUUCAACCUGAGGAAGCCCUCCUCGGAGACGGACAUUGAGAACUGGGCCUCCAAGCACUUCAACAAGCACACCCAGGGCCUCUUCCGGCGCAAGAUCUCCAUCGCCAACAUGCUGGCCUGGAGCAGCGAGUCCAUCAAGAAGCCCAUGAUCAUGACCAGCGACCGGAACGUCAAGAAGGAAGCCUGCGAGAUCUUCAAACUCAUCCAGAUGUACAUGGGCGACCGGCGGUCCAAGGCCGACCAGCUGAGCGUGGCCCUAGAGAUCGCCACCAAAGGCUGGAGCAUGCAGGGCCUCCGGGAUGAACUCUACAUCCAGCUGUGCCGGCAGACCACCGAGAACUUCCGCUACGAGAGCCUGGCCCGGGGUUGGGAGCUGAUGUCCAUCUGCCUGGCCUUCUUCCCGCCCACGCCCAAGUUCCAUUCCUACUUAGAGGGGUACAUUUACAGGCACAUGGACCCGGUCAACGACACCAAAGUUACUCAACACAUUAAAGAGCUCCUGGAGAGAAAGAGUAAGAAGAAGUCCAAAUUGAGAAAAAAACCCAAACCUUAUGUUGAAGACCACGAUGGGGUGGCGGUAAGCACUUACGCCAAGUAUUGUUACAGCAAGCUCCAGAAAGCAGCGUUGACGGGCGCUAAGAAGGGUCUGAAGAAGCCGAACAUCGAGGAGAUCCGCCAUGCCAAGAACGCCGUCUUCAACCCAUCCAUGUUUGGAAGCUCCCUGCAAGAAAUCAUGAACAUGCAGAAGGAGAGGUACCCAGACAGCCAGCUCCCGUGGGUGCAGACCAGGCUGUCGGAAGAGGUCCUGGCGCUCAACGGAGACCAGACCGAAGGCAUCUUCAGAGUUCCUGGAGACAUUGACGAAGUCAACGCCCUCAAACUGCAGGUGGAUCAGUGGAAAAUUCCCACCGGCUUAGAAGACCCCCACGUUCCCGCCUCCUUGCUGAAGCUCUGGUAUCGUGAACUUGAGGAGCCCCUGAUCCCGCACGAUUUUUACGAACAGUGCAUCACCCACUACGAGAAUCCUGAAGCUGCCAUCGCCGUCAUCCACUCCCUGCCGAGGAUCAACAAGAUGGUGCUUUGCUACCUCAUCCGCUUCCUCCAGGUGUUUGUGCAGCCGGGCAACGUGGCCAUCACCAAGAUGGACGUCAACAACCUCGCCAUGGUGAUGGCCCCCAACUGCCUACGCUGCCAGUCGGACGACCCACGGAUUAUUUUUGAAAACACCCGCAAAGAAAUGUCCUUCAUCCGGGUACUCAUCCAGCACCUGGACACAGGCUUCAUGGAGGGCGUGCUAUAGCCCCUGUGCCCACAGGAUCGAACCGCAGUCGGACACCCCUCACCCCGGAUCUUUUCCCGUCUCCCAAAGUUUCAACGGCAGCAAGGAGGUGCCACCUGGUUUAAACACCUGAAGGGAACGCUGCGGGCCCACUGACUUUGCCAAUCUUGGCUAAUGCCAACGCGGGCACCUGACAUUGCCCAGGAAACCCUUGGAGGGGCGGGGUGGGGUGGAGGAGGCUGUGCUGUGGACAAAACGAGGCUGCCUCUUAGCCGUUCCCCUUUGCAGACACCUCCCGACCAGGAUGUCCAUCCGGAAAGUCUACGUAAACGGACAAUCCGACACCGUUCGGGGAGAAACUGCGGACCCCGGUAGAAAGGGGCAGAAGCCCGUUCAACCCCCCCCCCUUCCCCAAAAUUAAGUCUGGUCUUACGGAAACGGGGGCUCACUACCUGGUUCGGGCAGCUGAGGGAACGUUUGAAUGGGUCGAUGAUGGUGGCGGCGGUGGUGGUGGGGGCCGAAGGUCCAAGAUGGCAGCCGAAAGGGUGUAAGGGAACGAGCGGGGAGAGGAUGCAGUCCGCGAAGGCUGGCGUUGCGGGGAAAGCAGAUGGGCUCCCAGGACUGCUUCUGUGGAAGGGGUGGGGGGAGGAAGGUGCCAUCAGAUUGACCAUUGAGACCUCUGUGGGGAGGGGGUGGCACUCUGCAAGGCAUGGACCAGCUGGUUGGCGAGGCUCAAACACCGCUUUUUAAGAUUUGGGGAAGAAAAAAAAGCCCCUUUUUCCUUCCUUGUUGCAGCACAGUCACUGCCAAAAGGGGGGGGGGAGCAAGCCACGCACUCCCCCCCCCCUCCAUCUCUACAUCUCAGUACUCUCACAAAAGGCCUGGGGAUGCCACCCUGGAAACAGAAGCAGGAUAAGGACGGGCAGAGUUUUGAACCCCGCGAUACAGAACCGGCGCGUUAUCUUUACCCCUCUCCUCCCUACGGGAGGGGUGUGUAUGUACGUGUGCAAAGGUGGCCAGGCCCUCCUUGACCCUCGCAGCUCCCCAGUUGAGCGGUGGGGAGAAGAAGUGGGGUGCCCCCCAACGCUGGAGUUGCCCCCCAUUCCCGCCCAACCUCAUCUCAACACCCAUUCCUGCACUCGGUGCUUUGGAAGGAAGAAGCUGUCCACAACCAAUUCCUCACAGCACCUUAAGUGAGAUAAGACUUUGGCUGGAUCUGGGGCAUUCUCCACCAGGUUUCCAGAUUCCCCCCCCCCCCCAAGGAAGUCCUAAGUGCUGUUCCCUAGGUCAGAAAUGGGAGGAGGCCAGCAGUAGUGUUGAAAAUAAAAGGUUCUCUGUCCAGAAUGGUCGUCCCCAUCUUGCACAUCCUUCAGGGGCCCGAAAAAAAGAAAAAAGGCAUUUAGAGGUAGGGAUUGCGGGGUGGAAGGCAACAGCUACGAAAUGCUUUCUCCAGGCAACGUGGGAGGAGGUGGGUAUGGGCUCCUUGCCCAGGCUUGCUUCAAUAGGCGUGAGCCUCGCCCUUCCACCUCUCGUUUCUCAAGGUCCCCUGUUGAAGUCCGAUUUCUUUCCGAGGACCAAAGCACAAACUCUCAGCCUCCUGAAACGAAAGAAAAACCAGAAAGUGGAAACAAGUUGGCUUUUGCUUCUCCUUCCAUCCCUUUCCCAGCGUUGAGGAGAUGUCUCUGGGAUUGUAGGAACGUAGGUUCCCUCCCCUAGGUCCAGGAACGGGAACAUUUUUUUCUCUCGCGUCCGUGCACGUGUGUGUAGAGAACCAGGAAGAGAGGCAUCGUGUACGAGAAACUGGGUGGUCCUGGAUGGGACAGUUGAUGGAGGACAUCUUGGACUCUAACCAUGAGUCUGGCCUACAAGGGGUAGUAAGUUCUGAUAACACUGCAGGGCUUCUGUCCCACCACCUCUCUCUCGCCCUCCUGUAUCCUACAGCAGAGGUCCUCAACUGUGGCAACUUUAAGACUUGUGGACUUCAACUCCCAGAAUUCCUCAGCCAGCUUUGCUGGCUGAGGAAUUCUGGGAGUUGAAGUCCACAAGUCUUAAAGUUGCCACAGUUGAGGACCCCUGUCCUACAGUAUUUCAGACCCAUAUCAGCUCUAAGGCCCUCUCUCUCCACGUGAGCAAAAACCAGGAUGAUGGCCUGUUGGGUUAGAUAAGCUGUUGUAGUGAAGCAAACCAAGGCAAGCCCACUCCUUGGAACGGUGUUGUCCACAACUCUGCUGUGCUAUGCCUGACUCACGGCGGCGGCCAUGGUUUCUAGCCUCUUUCAGUGCUUCUCGAGAAUGAUGCAAGUGUGCUCCGAGGGAUUAUCGGCUGUUCCUGGCCAACUGGAGAAGGAGGGUCCCAUUCACCCUUGGGUGCUUAGCAGUGCUUGGAGGGGCUUGGGAUUUCCAGAGAAAGUGCCUUUUAUUCCACCAGACCAGAGCCCUCUUACCUGCAACUUGCUUCUUGAAAAGAAGAAGAAAGAAAGAAAAAAGAAAGAAAGAACGAACAUCCCAUCUCUCAAACUCGCUUAUCUUGAGAUUAUUCCCAGUGCAGAGCAUUUACUCCUAAGUCACAUCCCGGUGCAGGAUAAAGCCUGAAGGAGCUACAUAGCCACCUUGUUCGUUGUUUCCCCACCAAACACGGGCGGGAGAGAAUGACACAACUGUCAGAAGUCAACACGUGAGAGUAGGAAGCGUGGGACCAGUCCAGAACAAGGCCAGGCUGAUUGGCCGGAAUGCAAGAUUCGGUGCAAUCCAUGUUGGGCCUCUCCACCCCAAACAAACCGGAAUGCAGAGGGAUCUCCAAAUGGAUCAGACCCGAUGUGGGCAAAGAGGCCGAUCUCUGUUCUCUCUAAGGGACACAUUUAUUCAAAGUCAAACAAAGAUGGUUCCUCUCGUAAGACCGGAAAGGGACCACGUAGAAUAGUUCAGCGAGGACAAUUGGCCACAGCCACAUGGACGCGCCCACUUCAUCGGAGCCACCAGUCUUCCAGCCAGGAUCAUACUCAAAAGAAUCCAAUCAACUCCGGAAGCUCUUUCCCAGCCUUAGCAGCUCAGGUUCCCCGUAGAUCAUUUUUGGCUGGAGGAUCAGUGGUGGGGUUCAAAUUGGCGAACAAUCGGUUCUCUGCGUGGAUGCCGUUUCCGGAAGUCCGUUCUGGGCCUGGGCAACGAAAGAUUAAGCUACCGGUUCUGGUGCGAACUGGCUGAAUCCCACCACUGUGGAGGAUCCCUACUUUUAUUUGGGUGAGAAACACCGAAAGAGCGUUUGAUCCCAGUCUGGGCUCUUUUCUUUUUUCUCACGAUCUUCGACUUUGCACGAUCAACCUAGAAAGUCUCGGGGCCCAAGCUGCCUUUUUUUUUUUUUUUAGGUAACCAGGAAGGAAAACUGCCUUAAAAAAAAAAGCCAGCUGCUUGGGAAUCUAAGUGGGGCUUUUGGGGGGGGGGGUUAGAUCGAUCGAGCAGAAUGAUGCUGGACAAACAGCCGUUUGUGUCAGGGCUAUGAAUUUUGGGGGGGAAUUUGCAGGGUAGACACAAGCCAAUCUGAUUGCGGAUGAAGGGAGCCUAACCUCAUCUUUAACAACAGGAACAAAAAUUUCUGUCCUUCUGGAGAGAAUUUAUUAUAUAGAGCAGUGUCUCUUGACUUUGCUCGCUUUUAAGAUGGGAGAAUUCCGGGAGUUGAAGUCCACCCGUCUUAAAACAGCCAAGGUUGAGAAACACUUCAUCAUAAAAGAUUCUUCCCAAUCUGGUAUCCACCUCCAGCAGCGUUAGGACUGCAAAUCCAACUAUCCUCGCUGGGGAGUAUGGGAAUUGCAGUCCCAACCCAGCUGAAUUGGGGUGGGGGGAGGGAAAUAUGAAUUCAGUCCCAAGCGGUUACAAAGGUAUCGCGGGAAAACCGCUGCAAGCCGUUGGCUAACCACAGAACGGAGUUCCGAGUUGUAAAUAUUCAUGCCAAACCUUCCUUUAUUUGUGCGUGAGAAGAAUGCUCAUUUUUUUCCUUAUUUAUUCGGUUGUUGCUUUCCAGCCUUUUGCCUCUUCCCCCCACCCCACCUGAACCCCUCCAGAAAUAUAUUUAUUCCUGCUCUUGGGAAUGAAGCUUUCUGAUGACGAUUAAAGGGUUACACGCAGA